AUGACAUAUUCGGGCCUCCCUCGGAGGAAACAUGCUCCAGGAGAUGACAACUCCGGCCGCAAGUCCUACCUGUACUAUGCGCAGCGGCGAAAGCUGCACCUGGAAAGCGGGCCAACGCUACCGAAAUACUCGCCAAAUACCAAUGUUUCUGCGGCAUCAGUGAGAGGGAAAUGGGUGAGAUUCUGCACCGAGGCAUGCCUGGACCCGGACGAUCUCCUAAAAAACAUGACUUCAGCAGACGUCAAAUCCUGGUUCGACUGGAUCGAAAAGAACUUCAAAGGGUCUAUCAAAGCCCACAGCGCGCUUGCCAACUACUGGAGAACUUUGAAGAGGCUAUACUCUUUGAAAAACUGCCGGGAGAUGGAUGCAGAUAUGAAGAGAGAUUGCCUCAACUAUAUGAAUGUUGUCAGUUCGAGAAUGGCUUUGCGUAAGCACCCACUGCCAAAGCCGACGGGCCAGUCGGAGGAUCUUUUGCAGUAUCUUGUGUCCCAUCUUGUGGAUUGUGAUUCGGUGUUCGCGGACGAAAAGCAGCGUCUCUACGCCCUCUCGGGGCUCAAUCUGUCCUGUAUCUCUGCCAGUCGAGCUGUAUCUUUUUUUGACACGAGACACCGCCUUCAAUUUCAGGCGGACGGCACUUUGGUACCACCUAUAGACACGUCAGCUAAGGUUAGAACGCCUUUGUCUUCCAUCGAGGAGCCCCUGUGUGAUCCAAGCACCAAAAUCAACUUGCAAAACGACGAUCAUGCGGAAGGAGGCUCGACAUCCGAGACGAGCUCGUAUUCUGACUCGGAAGUGGAUACGGCGAGCGACAGCGAUCACCAGUCGGACUGUUCCAGUGUCACAGAUGACGGGAAGAGAUACGUUAUCAAGCACGAGGAUAAUUUGAUAUUCGAUGUGCUAUCACAGCUUCUAGCGCUGGCAAUACAUGAUGAUAUCUUCGAGGCUACUAUUCAAGAUGUGUCCCAUAUAUACACAGUACCAAUUCCUGAUCAUCGAAAGGGCAUCCAACUGAAAAUAAAGAGAGAAAAGCUGAAUAUAUCAGUCUUCCGUGAGCCUGAACGUACUCCCCAGGACUACAGGACAUCUGAUUCAUGCCCUCUGAAGUCCAAGACCUGGAGCCGAUAUGUCAAACGGAUUGGAGUGCGAAGUGGCCAGGAACAUAACCUUACACAGAAGGUGUUCCGGCGCGGUGCAAUUAAUGCCAUUAAUAACAGCGCUCCAUCCUCGAUCCGUGAUCAAGUCGCGGAUCACGAAUCUAAUGCCGUGAAAUACUACCUCAAUGAGAUAGUCGAUUUUGAUACAGCGGCAGCGUUUCACAAACGCCCAUCGAACAAGGUCGUUCAACGUGAGCUGAGAUCAGCGACCUUGCUGGCAGAUAAAACCGCACCUAUUGGAUUGACGGCUACCCAGGCUAAAAAAAUCACUACAGACCCAGAGGUCCGUCGUCUUCGAAGAGUCUGUCGCGCAUUGACUGCGGAAAUUCGCAGCCAGGGCUAUAAACGUGUGAAGAAUACCGCAGGCACCGAGAUUGACACGGCUAUUUUUAACCAACAAUACGAGCUCGAUCGGACCUCUCCUGAGGCUAAACUACAGUCUCAUAUGGCCCGGACCUACCAAAUCCUCGAGCGCAAGGAGCUCGUUGAUCUGCUCUGCUAUUCAACUCCUACCAAAACAGACGAAGAAGCUCAUCUUCGACGGUUAAGAUACAUCCGCCUUAUGAUCCGAUGGCAAGACCGGAAGGAGAGCCCUCGGCGGGGUAAGCAGUCAGUGACCAUACCAAAGCCCCAGGCAGCGAAUCCUUCAUCUGCCUGUGUCGUCGAAAAUUUCAACCCACUGCAAUGUCCAUUCUGCCUUUCGGACACGCGCCUCUCACCUGCUGACCGCACGAAGCGAAAGAGCAAAACAAACAAGCUCUGGGACCACGUGGAAAGGAUUCAUGAGCAAGAGCUUGCAGCAUUUGACUCAGGAUUUCGCAAAUGCGGACUAUACUUUAGCAAUUUAAGAAUAAAGCUCUUGACCACAACAUGGCAGUAUACUAUUGAUGCGAUAGAUGACGUUGAGAAGGAGACUUUCAUCGCUUCUUGUGAGUUUGGUUACAAGAGGAGUUAUACUACGCCCUACCAGAAAGGUAACGGAAUUAACAAUCACUCUGGUAUAGAUGGGACCUGGAUCAGAGCCGGAACCGGAGCCGGACCUGGAAGCAUUAGAACCAGAACCAGAGAGCCGCAACACCCUCUAUAA